CUUGAAGAGAGGCUGCAUGACCAAGCGAUUCAGUAUAAGUAAUUAUUUCUGUACUUAUAAAGCAUAUCGAGCCAUCGCAAUUGUCAGCUACAGCGUCUAUUUUCGCAGCAAAGAAUUGUACACCAUGGAUAAAUCCGCAAAGACCGUAUUCAACUUCGUGAACCUGACCCAUCCGGAUGAACUCAAGGAUGAGGAGACGCAGUUACGUAUUAGGCGCCUGGCCAUGACCGAAUUUGGGCGAACUCGCCGCAAGCCCAAGACCAAGCGCGAGAAGAACGAAAUCGUAUUUGAAGUCCGACAGCCUGUGGCAACAGAGCAGCCGUCUGUUCCUAUCGAACGCUUCGGAGCUGGAGCAGUGGACCCUUUCAGUGCCUAUCCCAUUGAGCUUGAUGAUUCUUCUAAAGAACUCAUCUCAUUCAUCUUUCGAGAUAACAGCGCUCACAGUCGCCAGCUCCGGGGCUCGUGGUAUCCAGUCGGGUUGAGUGAUAAAGUAUCAUUCCACAACCUGCUCUCCAAUUCACGUCUUUAUAUGCUGAAGGAGCUGACCGGAUCCUUCUUCCGACAAGACGACGUGCUGAGCUUGUCUCAUCACAAUUCCGCCUUACGGUUGAUGGCUGACAAGAUGCAUGAUCCCCAGCAACACAGCACUGACGAAAUGCUUGCUUCGAUUUCAUCUUUCAUGGCGCAUCAUCAUGUUUUGGGAACAUUCGUGGGCUGGGAACAGCAUCGUCAUGCUCUAGUGAGAGUCAUUCAGCUACGAGGUGGCAUAGACCGAAUCACCGACGAGAAUCUUCGCAUCACAGUAUCCUGGUGUGAUCUUAUCGGAUCAUUUUCCCAAGACAUACCUUCGAUUGUCCCCAUGCCCCGCAAAUGGAAGGACGAUGCCAGUACCCCGCCAGGUUCUCCGCGCCCGUAUUGUCAUGUCUCACUGCAGUGGAAGUUGGAACUCCCGAUGAUGUUGGAGUGGAUUACGAUAUUCGACGACAUCGCGCAACUGAUCUCUCUCGACCGUGCCUUUCGAGACAGAGACCUCCAGCGUGCUGCCACCAGCGGGUCGUGGAUGGAGCCCAUGAUUUUCCGGCUUCUUGCUUUCCGCCCACUGACCCGAGGAACCGAGCGCGAGGACGUGAUCGAAGAAGUAUGUCGGCUGGGUGCCAUGUUGUUUCUUGCCCCUAUCUGGCGAUGGCUCGGUGCCACGCCUGUCUGGACAAGUUGCAUCUCGCAGAAUCUGCUCAUGGUCCUCUCGAACAACAUGGUUGAGUGGGGGGAUUUGAAAUGUUUGUUGCUAUGGACUCUGUACUUCGCCGCUCUCGAGGCUCAAGAAGCGCGAGAGAAGAGCCAGUUCACGUUCAUGCUUGCGGUCUUGAUGAAUGGAUCCUACAUGGAAGAUUGGAGUGAGUUGAUGGAAAUUGUGAAGGGCGUUCUCUGGGUGGAGCAAGUUUUUGCCAAUAGCGACGAUAGCAUUCGAGAUGAUGUUCUCAGGAUCCUGCACAUGCAGGCUCGCAAUGCCAUGGUGGACACGGAAGAUGAUUGA